AUGCAGCACUUGCAAGAAUCACUUUUGCAAGAAAUGCAUCAAUCAAUGGCUGCUCAAGAACCCUCGAUGCCCAGUUUUAUGGACAAAUUGAAAGAAUAGAAAUUUAUAUGCCAAAACUUCAGCAAUGGAUGCGACUAGGUGCUUUAUUACGGCCAGAUACUAGAACAUGAGAGGGUGUGCAAAUAUGCUAAGGUGUUUUGUUUGGCUUACUAGCAUUGUAGAUCUAUCAUACUUAGAUAGGAUAUAUAAUAGCACUAAGCUAAUUGCAGAUUUUAUGGAUUAGAGUACUUUGACAUGUCAAAACCCCACCAAAACAAUGCUUAACUUAUUAACUAUUUUACUCACAGAAAUGCAAUGAUUUAAACUGAUUUAUCCCCGUUAGUCUAAAAUGAUAACUUCUAAAACACAUAACUCACAGAAAAACUGGAAGAAAAAGAGACAGUUAUUUAAAACUUGAUGGAAAAAAUAAAUUACCUUUAGAGAAGAGUAGUAUUUCUGGAAAAUGAGAUAUAUGAAUUGCAGAAUUCAAGUAGUGAGGAGGACAGAACCACUAGGAAUAAAAAGAAUGGAGUUAAUCAGCUCAAUGAGGAUCUCGCUGGUCUUGAAUGGCAGGAUGAGAACUCUGAUGAAAACUAAAACUCAGUCACUGUAGUCAUCAGAGAUAAUAGCAAAAGUAAAUCACCAAAUAAAGUCCACAAUCAUCAUAGUCAUUAGCAGUAAUACCUUCUUGACUUGCUGAAUAGCAAAACCCUAUUGUAGCAUCAAAUAGAUUCUAAAACUGAGCCAUUUACUCAAGAGGACGAAUAAGUAAGUGAAGGCAUAAAUUUCUAUUCACAACUAUCCUCAGAAUUCAAUCUGUCCGAGGACACAAAUAUAAAAUCACCUCUUAGGCUAAGUCAAAGUCCUCCAAGGAAUAAAUUCUAGCAUGAAAUUUGGUAUCUACCUAAGAUGCGUAAGAAUGUCGCAAGUCUGAAUGGGGACCAAGAGAUAUUUUAAUUCUUUAAGAAAUACUGUACAUUUGAAAUCAAAGCCAAGAAUAAGAUGUUUCUAUUGCAAUAAAAAUCUAAUCCCUUCAAAUACUAGAAAGACUAAUAGCAUUCAAAAUUGAUAAAGUUAGCUCAAGCAAGUAUCAGCAUGAUUGAUUACCCUAAGGAUGCAUAUCUAUUGAUAGGAUUGAUGCCUAGAGACAAUAUCACAAACUUCUAAAAAUCAAGUGAUCUGCUCAAAUUUAUUGAACUAAACCAAUCUGGCUUUUAUAGAUUGUCUGGGAAUGUCUAAUAAAUAUACAAUGUAGAUAUUUCCUCUCACUAUGCUCGCUAGCAUAUCUUAGAGACUUAAGUCUACGAUAAAACUCAGAAUAAACUAUCUAAGCUAUACUUAAAUACUAAGGAAUUAAAGGACGUAAAGAGACUCUAUGUGAGCUAUCUAUUUGUAUUAACCAGUAAAAAAGCUUCUAAUCAUAGUAUUAAAAUUGAGAUUAUUUGA